AUGCCUGGAAUCCCACUCGGAGCUCUUGACAACCUCAAGAGCAAGCUCAAGGCCGCCUUCAAGAGCAGGGGCGAAAAGAAGGCCAAGGCAGAGCCAAAGCCCGAGGCGACGCCUGCAGAAGGCGCCGCCGCUGCUCUCGCCGCCGCGCCUGCGGCAGUUGCCGCCCCUGCCAGCGCUGCCGUAACUGCACCCGUCGUCGCUGCCACGCCCGAGGGCGUCAAGGCUGAGGAGACUGCCGCCGCCGCCGCUCCUGCUACUGCAACCGUUGCUGCCGCCGCUCCCGCCGCCGAGACGCCUGCCGCUGCGCCCGCAGCCGCUGCGCCCGCCAAGGAGACCACUGCACCCGCCGCCCCCGCUGCCGCUCCCGCUGCCGCUCCCGCUGCCGCCCCGGCCGAGACUCCUGCUCCCGCCGCUCCGGCUGCUCCAGCUGCCGAGCCGACCCCUACUCCCCCCGCCGAGAUAAAGACCGAGGAGCCGGCACCCGCUCCCGCAGCAGCACCCGCUGCUGAGGCCGCUCCUGCUGCUGCUGCCGCACCGACAGCCACGGCCUAG